GUGGAAAAUGCAGAAACUACAACAACCUUUAGAUUUUUCUCUCAAGGAAACCUUCCCCAAAAUUGGGACAAGGGCAGGGGAAAUCACAAGGGACAAGCUUUCUUGCACCUAUGACCUUGUUGAGCACAUGCAAUACCUCUAUGUUCAUGUGGUCAAAGCCAAGAAUUUAUCUGUGUAUGAUGAUGUUUGUACUAUUGAUCCCUAUGUUGAAGUCAAGCUUGGAAACUACAAGGGCUCUACCAAGUGGUUUCAGAAUGAGUCCAAUCCUCAAUGGAAUCAAAUUUUUGCUUUCUCCAAAGAUAGUAUUCAAGCUUCAGUUCUGGAGCUUGCUGUCAAAGAUCAUGAUGCUGUUGUUGAUUAUGAUGACAUGGUAGGGAAAGUAGUGUUGGACCUGAAUGAAAUACCAAAACACGAUAGCCCCUUGGCUCCACAGUGGUACAUGAUGAAAAAUCAGAGAGGUCACAGAGUCAAUGGAGAAAUAAUGCUGGCAAUUUGGAUGGGAACUCAAGCAGAUGAAGCUUUUCCUCAAGCAUGGCAUUCUGAUGCAGCCAUGGUUGGACUUGGUCCUAAAGCUGCUGCAAACAUAAGAUCAAAGGUCUACCUCUCACCUUCCCUUUGGUAUCUCAGGGUCAAUGUGAUUGAGGCUCAAGAUUUGGUACCAAAGAACAUAACCAGGUACCCAGAACUUUUUGUGAAGGUUGACCUGGGAAACCAGUCUUUAAAAACCAGAAUAUCUCAAAGAAAAACCAUGAAUCCUUUUUGGAAUGAGGAUUUGAUGUUUGUUUCUUCUGAGCCAUUUGAGGAGCCUUUGUAUCUGACUGUACAAGAUUGGGUUGGACCAGAAAGUGAGGGUGAGAUUGUGGGACGGUGUGUGAUUCCUUUGCAGAAUGUGCAAAAGAGGUUGGAUGACAAGCCUGUGAGCACAAGGUGGUUUAAUCUUGAAAAGCAUGAGGCUUUUGAAGGGGAAAUUACUACUAGAUUCUCAAGUAAGAUACAUUUGAGGGUUUGCUUUGAAGGUGGCUACCAUGUGCUUGAUGAAUCAGCUCAUUGCAGCAGUGAUCAUAGACCAGCUGCAAAACAGCUGUGGAGUCCAAAGAUUGGGAUUCUUGAAGUGGGGAUUAUCAGUGCACAGAAGCUAAUGCCAAUGAAGAGAAGAAAUGGUCAAGGAACCACAGAUGCAUAUUGUGUAGCUAAAUAUGGGAACAAGUGGAUCCACACAAGGACAAUUGUGGAUAGUCUUUCUCCAAAGUGGAAUGAGCAAUACACAUGGGAUGUUUACGAUCCAUGCACUGUUAUCACAAUAGGGGUCUUUGAUAAUGCUCAUUUACAAGGUGGAUCAAGAGAUUCAAUAAUAGGGAAGGUGAGAAUUAGGCUGUCUACACUUGAAGCUGGCAAGGUGUACACACACUCUUAUCCUCUCUUAGUGCUACAAUAUUCAGGUUUGAAGAAAAUGGGAGAAGUGCAAUUAGCUGUGAGGUUCACAAGUUUAUCUGUGGUGAACAUGCUGUCAAUGUAUUCACAACCAUUGUUGCCAAAAAUGCACCACAUUCAUCCUCUAUCUGAAAUUCAGAAACAUUGGUUGAGGUAUCAGGCUAUGCAGAUUGUGUCAAUGAGGUUGAGCCGGGCUGAGCCGCCACUGAGGGAAGAGGUGGUAAAAUACAUGCUGGAUGUGGAUUCACACAUGUGGGGCAUGAGAAGGACCAAAGCUAAUUACUUCAGAAUAGUUGAAGUUCUUGGUGGGUUGACAACCAUUGGAAGGUGGCUUGAUAAUAUCUGCAAUUGGAAAAGCCCUCUCAAAACCAUUCUUAUCCACAUCGUUUUCAUUAUACUGGUUCUUCAUCCAGGGUUCAUUCCUCCCACAAUUUGCAUGUACCUUGUUUGGAUUGGAGUUAGGAACUACAGGUGGAGGCCAAGACACCCUCCUCAUAUGAACACUCCACUAUCUCUUGCUGGUGUCACUCUUGAUGAAUUAGAAGAAGAGUUUGAUACAUUCCCAACUUCAAGAUCACCACAAGUUGUUAAGAGGAGGUAUGAUCGUUUAAGAAGCGUUUCAGGGAGGGUCCAGAUUUUUCUUGGUGACUUGGCCACUCAAGGAGAAAGGUUCCACAAUUUGCUAAGUUGGAGAGACCCUAGAGCUACCACUCUAUUUGUCACAUUCUGUUCCAUUGCUGCUUUUGUUCUGUAUGUCACUCCAUUCCAAGCUGUGUCCCUUCUUAGUGGAUUCUAUGUGCUAAGGCAUCCCCGAUUCCGCCAGAAACUUCCCUCAUUGCCAUUAAACUUCUUCAAGAGGUUGCCUGCAAGAGUAGAUGACAUAAUGUGAUGUGGGAUGAUCUUUUCUUCAGUCAUCAUCUUCAAUCAGAUA